AUGUUUAGGUCAGAGGCAACAGCAAGAGAAUUACGGUGGCAUAGUACUAAUAAGAGCAGUGAUGGAAAGCUUCGUCAUCCGGUUGAUUCAGUAACAUGGGAGCAUAUGGACGCCAAGUUCCCUUCAUUUGCCGCUGAGGAAAGGAACAUUAGGCUUGGACUAUCAACCGAUGGCUUUAAUCCAUUCAACAUGAAGAAUACAAGGUACAGCAGUUGGCCUGUUCUUUUAGUUAAUUAUAAUAUGGCUCCUAAUCUAUGCAUGGCGAAGGAGAACAUAAUGCUUUCUUUGUUGAUUCCUGGUCCGCAACAACCAGGAAAUAGUAUAGAUGUAUACUUAGAACCGCUGAUAGAUGAUCUGAACCAGCUUUGGGAGAAGAGCGUGCUUACAUACGAUGCACUAAGUGGUACCACUUUUACUUUGAAGGCGAUGCUUCUUUGGACCAUUAGUGACCUACCAGCUUCCGGGAAUCUCGCAGGGUGCAAAGUAAAAGAGGAUACUAGGAAACAGAAACAAACUUUAGUACCCGUUGAAGAGUGUAAUUCUGAUAGUGACGAAAUUGACAGUGAGUCUGAAGAUGAGGAAGAAGUCGAAAUAGAUGAGGAAGAGCUAUCAAGGUGGAAGAAACGGUCGAUUUUUUUCAAUCUUCCGUACUGGGAGGAACUACCGGACGGCCUCAAUGCACGUAAAGAUCUUCAAGUACUUGGAAUCAGGAAGGAUUUGCACCCUAGACCACAAGGAAAGAGAACCUAUCUGCCUGCAGCACCGUGGUCGUUGUCCAAAGAAGAAAAGAAAAUAUUCUGCAGUCGGCUACAUGAAUUCAAAGGACCAGAUGGGUAUUGCUCCAACAUUUCGAGGAGCGUAUCUGUAGAUGACCCUAACAUCAUGGGAAUGAAGUCUCAUGACUAUCACGUCUUGAUGCAACAACUUCUACCAGUUGCAUUACGAGAUAGAGAGCAGAUUGCAGUAAUAGAGAUUGAAAUAGUGGAGACUCUUUGUAUGUUUGAGCGGUUUUUCCCACCCAGCUUCUUCGAUAUAAUGGUGCAUUUGUGUCUCCAUCUAGGAAGAGAAGCCAGACUGGGUGGACCAGUCCACUUCAGAUGGAUGUAUCCAUUUGAGAGGCACAUGAAAAUAUUGAAGGAUUACGUAAGAAAUCCUGCAAGACCAGAGGGCUGCAUAGCUGAGUCUUACCUAUCGAAGAAAUGUAUGCAGUUCUGCAAUCUGUUUUUGAAGAAAACCACCAGUGUGGAGGACAUUCCUGAACGUAAUGUUGAGUACGAAAGUAGAACCAUACUUGAAGGUCGGCCAAUAUCCGCAGCUAAGACUAUUACUCUCAAUGAGAUAGACAAGAACAUAGCCCAUUUGGCUGUCCUUCAAAAUACUGCAUUGGUCGAACCAUAUGUUGAGUAA